AUGACUGAGCCUCUUAGGCUUCAGCAGAAGCAUCUUCAGCUCUCAUUGCUCGCCAGGCUUUAUAGGGAGAAGGGGCUGGAGUUCUGGACCAUCAUUAGGACAAUGAUCCUUAGGCUGCUCUUGGCUCUCAACUUCUUCCCCUUCAUUGAAGCAGGAAACAAGAUAUUUGUGGAGCAGGUGCCCAUGCUCGUGACGAAGGACAACGCAGUCAACCUUAGCUGCAAGUACACCAACAACCUCUUCUCCAAGGAGUUCCAAGCCGCCCUCUACAAGGGGGUCAACAGGGACGUGGAAGUCUGUGUCGUGAAUGGGAAUUACUCCCAUAAAUUCCGGUUUCACUCAAACACGGGGUUCCACUGUGAUGGGAAUUUGGGCAACGAAACGGUGACAUUCUGCCUCCGCAAUUUGUUCGUUAACCAAACAGAUAUUUACUUCUGCAAAAUCGAGGUCAUGUACCCUCCUCCUUACAUAGGGAACGAGAAGAAUAAUGGAACCAUUAUCUACGUGAAAGAAAGACAUCUUUGCCUACCUGAGUCUUGCAAGUUCUUCUGGGCACCGGUGAUCAUUAGUGGAGUCCUGGCUUUCUAUAGCAUGCUCAUCACAGUGACCUUUUAUACUUACUGGAUAAGGAAUAAGAGCAGCAGGAUCCUUCAGAGCGAUUACAUGAACACGACUCCCCGGAGGCCUGGGCCCACCCGCAAACACUACCAGCCUUAUGCCCCAGUGCGUGACUUCGCAGCCUACCGCUCCUGA